AUGCCUAUUGACAAUAUCCAACUUGAAGACGCCGCUUACGUUGAGGCUAUGGCCAUGGCCGGUCUUUCCCCGCACGCACCCAGUCUGCUCCUCGUCGACCAGGCGCGGGAGAUGAGCAAUUCACCUAGCCCGCUGGCGAUGAUGCUGUCGGAUCCAGACGUCCUGGAGACGAUUACCUCGAAGACACCUAGGAAGAAAUCCCGCGAUCGGUCGAGGUCACCAGCACCCCGGAGAGAUCACAAGACGAUUAACUCUCUGCUGUAUACCUUGGUCGGAGAGGAAGAGCGACAGGCACUUCACCUCAAGUCCGCGCUGAACGCUGUUAAUGACCGUUUGCAAAAUGAAAUCAGCCGGGCGAACCUGGCGAGCGAAAGAACGAGCUACGCAGAGUCCAGAGCAAUGGAGUUCUGUUCUCGAGCAGCUGUCGCCGAAAACUCUCUUGCCACCGCUGAGAGGGAAUUAGCUACGUUGCGGGCUGAGCUUGAGCACUGCAGGUCACAACUUCAAGCGAACUACGAUGAGCUUAGGCAUGCCAAGACACAGGCGGCAAUUUUGGAGAGAGAGAGAUCAGACGCUCAAGAGUCCGCACAACACGCAAAGGAUGUCGCCAGGGAAUACGCACGAAUGAUACAAGAAUAUGAAGAGAAGGAUAUCUCCGCCGAGGAAGAGCAUCGCGCUGCGCUCCAGCGGUGGUAUGAUGAAGGUCAAGAACAAGGUUGGCAAGAAGGCCACAAAGUCGGUUACAAGAAGGGCAGACGCAAAGGCUUCAACGCAGGGAGAAGGGAAGGUCUGCGGGAGGGUCGAGAGACGGGGAAGAAGGAGGAGAGGAAGUCUGCACUCCUUGCAUUUGAUGACUUCCUCGUGGCUCAGACGUAUGGGCCUGAUGAUAAGCUUGCGGAGAUGGUACAUAGAUGGAGGUCGUCUGUGUACCCUUCGGCGCAGUUCGAUGCCAGGGCCCCCACGCCUGUGUCUCAGCCCAGUCACUGGGGUGAGGAGAGUGAAACUGAUUCGAGCGACUCGUAUUAG